UGGAUGUCCGUGGCACGAAUUGCGGCUCCUGAGCAGCUUUACAACGUUCGUUCAAUUCAAUCGCUCGUCAACCUUCGUUCGGCGCGUUACAACAAGCGAAAARGCAGCAGCUCAGCAGCAGCAACGGCAACGGCAACGGCAGCGACUGCGGCAGAGAUAGCGACAGCAACAGAACAUUCGGCGUUGUUGCAACUACUCGGUUCGGUCGGCGGCAAUGGUGGUUGCAACAGUGGAACCAGUCUCGUCCAGUUUCAGUCUCAUCCCAACGUUCGUGACGGCAACAACAACGUCAACGCUCAGCUCUGUGCAGAUCUACGACGGUUUCGGUUUCGGUGUUACGUGUUUCGCGUGAGUGUGCGUUAAUGCGAGUUAAUGUUACCAGAUCCAAGAUACAGUUAGUUGCGCAAAAGUAUCUCAAUGCUAGGCGAAACAAAAUGCGGCACCUGUGCACCGGUCGGCGCCAGCUAUGCAAGCCAAGUUCAAUAGCCGUUAAAUAAACGCCUCUGGCUCUGACGGCAUGUAACUAAAGCCAAAAAGUAUCUCACAGCCCAAAUGUGCUAAACAUAUCAAAGUAACCCACAAGAUACAGUGCAACAACAACAACAACAAGUUAUACAAAAUAAGAUCAAUCAAAUAAUUGCAACAGCUUCGACUGCAUUUAAUUUGCAUUUACAAAAGAAUAUAUUAAUAAAUUGUAUAUCGCAUUUCUUGAUUGUGUGUGUGUUUUUGUGCAAAGCUUUUUAACUAUUAUAU